ACAGCCUGUGGUGGAGUCACCUCCAACCCGGAAAGUGGUGAUCGGACCCGAGUGAUAAAGAUGCAGUACAGCUCUAACUACAUCACCGACCGAGACACCAAGCUGACGGUCACGUGUUCAAGUGGAGCAGGAACAGUUGACGUCACGGCGGCCUUCACAAGCCAAGACUCUGAUGGAAACACGAAGGAGCAGGCUAUCAGCGGCACGGCUGACCUCGCAUCUGACGCUGUAGACUUUGUGAUCAAGCUGAAGAAUGAUUCUGUUGUAUCCAGCUCCACUGUGGUGCCUCUAAAUGACCAGCUCACCUUCCAGUUUAACGUAAACAGAGAAAAAGCGCCAGGGGGAGAAAGUUGCAAAUACAUUCAAACCUUAGGAAAAUGGGCCGGCGGUUUGUUUAAUAAGCAACUGUUCGAAGUGACACUAGUGGACGAGUGUAAGAAUGCUUGCAACAACGAGACCCGGUGCAAAACUAUUGACUACAUCCACAAUGAUGAGGUUUGCUUCAUGUACUACACGGACACCCCCAGUUUGGAGAACCAGUUGAAUUUUGAACACUACGACAAAGAUUGUGGUUCUGGUAAUUUUGCACGUUAAUUGACAGACGUUGUGUUUAUACAGUGAAACUUCUCAAAACGGGAAUCUUAUCCCUCAAAACCGCACUUAUUAGUCCC